GAAACUAAGACGGAAAUCCAAGUUUAAAAAUGUUGCUUUUGCGAUAUUUUCUCUGCGCUGUGGUGUCUGCAACAGAGCUGACGACUCUCAUGAAAGGCUACAAUCUGACCAGUGUAGAAGAUCGUCUGUCCAAUCUGGAGCAAACAAUAGAAAGUCGUCUGAACGUCACAGAACGCGUACUUGGACAAUUACUGACUGGAAGGAGUAAUGCCAAUAUUAGGUCUCUGGAUGUUCUGGCUCUAAGAUCAGCCGGUGUACUUCUCAGCCACUUAGAGCCUGUACUAUUUUCUGCAUACAAAUCAUCAUCCCAAAGCGGCAUCAGUACUAAAGUAACCAUUAGAUUUGAACAGACCCACUUCAACCUUGGAAAUCAUUACCAUACGGAAAAUGGUAUCUUCAUUGCUCCAGUCACCGGUGUGUACUUGUUCCACUGGACAAUCGCUACUUCGGGUAGUUCGUUUAGUGUUCAACUAAUGGUUGGAGGCACAGCCCGGGCUUCCAGCCUUGUUCCUUAUCCAGGCGGUGACGACUCCAGUUCAGCAAUGGUAAUUAUCAACGUCAGCAAAAAUGACCAUGUAUGGAUACAACUCUAUGGUUCCUCAGAGCAUGUGUAUGGCGGUAGUACUUAUAUCGGAAACUACUAUCAGUCAACAUUUUCUGGAAUAUUGUUACAUAAAUCAUAGCUAUCAAAAGAUUGCAUGAAUAUAGAAUGCAAGACAAGCUUUUCACAUUUUAAAAUACAUGUAUUUCUCUUCUACUUAAUAGUUAUCUUUUUCUAUUUUCCUUUUU